AUGGAGACUAUCCGGGCCAUGUUCGCCAAACCAGACCCCCAGGCCCAGCUUCGAAAAUGCAACACGCUCCUCCGCUCCAACAUUCGGAAGCUCGACCGCGACAUCCUCGCCGUCAAGCAGGUCGAGGUCAAGACCAAGAACCUCAUCAUCGCCGCCGACAAGCGCGCCCAGCGCGACCCGACGCGCGCGCGCCAGGCGCAGAAGGAGGCCCGCGACUUUGCGCGCGAGCUGAUCCGCGCGCGCAAGACAAGCGCCCGGCUCGUGACCUCCAAGGCCCAGCUCAACAGCGUGCAGAUGCAGGUCAACGAGGCCUUUGCCGUGCGCAAGAUUGAGGGCUCCAUCCGCGCCAGCGUCGGCAUCAUGAAGGACGUCAACACGCUCAUCCGCCUGCCCGAGCUCGCCGGCACCAUGCAGGAGCUCAGCGUCGAGCUCAUGAAGGCCGGCGUCAUCGAGGAGAUGGUGGGCGAGAGCCUGCCCGAGGAGAUGGACCUCGAGGGCGAGGAGAUCGAGGCCGACGGCGAGGUCGACAAGGUCCUCGGCGAGAUCCUGAAGGACCGCAUGCCCAAGGAGAAACUGCCGACCGUGCCUGUUCACCAGGAGCCCAAGCAGGCCGAGGAGGAGGACGAGGAGGACAACGAAGCCAUGAUGGACCAGAUGCGCGACCGUCUCGAGGCGCUGCGGAGCUGA